ACUGUCUCUCCUCCGUCGUUAGGGUUUCUCAGGUUCACAUCUGUUGGAAACUUAUUGCAACGUCCAACGGAUUUCAUAUAUUCGCUUAUAUGCGUACGAGGCUUGGAGGAUUUUUAUAUAAUCCGAAGGAACUCUUUUCUUAUCAUGGAGACUCUAUGGACUCUUUUGUAUCUGCUAGAACCUGCUCCAGCUACUCUCAUUGUCACAGCUGUCACUGUGACAUUUGCAUCUGCUUUCCGUGCACUUAACUACGGGAAGGAGAUGGAGAGAAAUCGUGACUUCUCUGAAGCAUCCAUAACACUAGAUAGCUCUCAGGCCUUGAUGAUCCCAGUUAUGAGCUCUUGCAGUUUGCUUCUCAUGUUCUAUUUGUUCUCAUCUGUUUCUCAGCUCCUGACCGCGUUUACAGCCAUCGCCUCGGUUUCAUCUCUCUUCUAUUGGUUAUCACCAUAUGCUGUAUAUAUGAAGACGCAGCUUGGUCUGUCUGAUCCCUUUCUUUCACGUUGCUGCUCCAAAUCAUUUACAAGAAUCCAAGGAUUGCUACUUGUGGCUUGUGCCAUGACAGUUGUGGCAUGGCUCAUCUCUGGCCAUUGGGUGUUGAACAAUUUGCUUGGAAUCUCCAUUUGUAUAGCGUUUGUCAGCCAUGUUCGUCUGCCCAAUAUCAAAAUAUGUGCAGUGCUCCUUGUGUGUCUCUUUGUAUAUGACAUAUUCUGGGUUUUCUUCUCUGAGAGAUUCUUUGGUGCUAACGUUAUGGUGGCCGUGGCAACCCAGCAAGCCUCAAACCCAGUUCACACAGUAGCUAACAGUUUGAAUCUACCUGGACUGCAAUUGAUCACAAAGAAACUCGAACUGCCUGUGAAAAUUGUGUUUCCUCGGAACCUAUUGGGCGGUGUGGUGCCCGGUGUGAGUGCUUCAGAUUUCAUGAUGCUUGGUCUUGGUGACAUGGCUAUCCCUGCAAUGCUUUUGGCUUUGGUCCUCUGUUUUGACCAUCGAAAAACUAGAGAUGUGGUGAAUAUCUUUGAUCUAAAAUCUUCCAAGGGACACAAAUACAUAUGGUAUGCACUUCCCGGAUAUGCCAUUGGCUUGGUGGCGGCUCUAGCUGCAGGUGUCUUGACUCAUUCACCUCAGCCAGCUCUACUUUAUCUGGUACCAUCUACAUUAGGACCGGUGAUCUUCAUGUCAUGGCGGAGAAAGGAUCUUGCGGAGCUGUGGGAAGGACCUGCAUUAUCCAAUCCCAUUGAGAAAUCUCAUGAAAUAGAGAUCUGAGUUUAUUAUAUCAAUCAAGAUUAUUCAGAAGCCUAAAACAAUACAUAAAACAAAGACGUUUAGUAGGAGCGAUAUCAAAUCAAGAGUUCUUGUAUUC